CGGGCCGCCCCGGCACUGCCGGGCUUCGGCCACGGACGAAAGCUGCUACCUGCGGCCCGCCCCCCGCCUCCCGGCCGCGCCCGGCCCCGCGGGGCGCCGGGGCGGAGCGGGGCCGGACCGCCCCGCCGAGCCGACGGCAAAGUAGUGCCGUCAGGUCGGACCGCUGCCGCUCGCCCCGUCCCGUCGCGUCCCGGCCGCGGGCAGAGGAUCCCCGGCCCAUGGAUCCCGAGGCGGCGGAGGACGAACUGUCCCGCCUGCGCGCUCUCUUCCUGGCCUGCGACGCCAGCGGCUCGGGCCGCAUCGAGCGGGAGGACUUCGCGGCGCUCUGCGCCGAGCUGCGGGUGCAGCCGGCCGAGGCCGAGGCCAUCUUCCAGCGCCUCGACAGCGACCGCGACGGGGCCAUCACCUUCCCGGAGUUCGCCCGCGGCUUCCGCGGCGCCACCCGGCGGCGGCCCAGCAGCGGCCAGCCGGAGGGAGUGGAGGAGGCAGCGUCAACCUGGACCGCCGCGGGGAUGGAGCAGCCCUGGAGGGACUUCGAGGUGCGGCUAGGGGACGAGGCGAGGUACAUUCCCAGACAAGAACAGGUCAGUGUUCUGUAUCAGAACAUACAUAUAGCGGAACCCAGAUUAAUCCAGCCAUAUGAACAUGUCAUUAAGAACUUCAUCCGAGAGAUCAAACUUCAAAGCACAGAGAUGGAAACUUUGGCCAUCGCAGUAAAAAGAGCUCAGGAUAAAGCGGCAGUUCAGCUCAGUGAGCUGGAGGAAGAGAUGGAACAACGAAUACAGGCUGCAGAGCAUAAAGUUAAAAAGGAAGAGAAGCAAAAAGCUGAAGAAGCUCUAAAUGAGCUGAAGCGCCAGUAUGAUACUGAAGUUGGGGAUCUUCAGGUGACAAUAAAAAAACUUAAAAAGCUGGAGGAACAAUCUAAAAAUGUAAAUCACAGGGAAGAUGUGAUUGAAUUGAAAAAGAGAAUUCAUGAUAUGUUGCUGGAAAAUCAGAAACUUAAGAAAGACCUUUUAGAAGCACAGACAAAUAUAGCUUUUCUGCAGAGUGAAUUAGAUAGCUUGAAAAGCGAGUAUGCAGAUCAGACUUUGAACACUGAGAGAGACCUAGAAAUGAUCCGAGAGUAUACUGAAGACAGAGAUAAUCUGGAAAGACAAAUUGAAAUACUUCAAUCAGCUAAUAGAAAGCUACAUGACAGCAAUGAUGGUUUAAGGAGUGCACUUGAAAACAGUUUCAGCAAGUACAACAGAUCAUUGCGGUUAGCAAACACAUCGCCAGGAAGUACCAUUUCUAGAAGCAGUCCUAAAUUUAAUGGUGGACAGUCUCCUCUAAACCCACGGUAUGACAGAUCAUCUCAUUCUUCUUGUGUGGAUGAAGAUUAUGAUUCUUUAGCCCUUUGUGAUCCUAUGCAAAGGAUAAACUGUGAAGUUGACAGCUUACCUGAGAGCUGCUUUGACAGUGGCUUGUCUACCCUGAGAGAUUCAAAUGAGUAUGAUUCAGAAGUGGAAUACAGGCAUCAAAGGAUUUUUCAAAGGUCACAGUGUAUGCAAGAAAGCUUUGGUGGUGAUGCUUCUGAUACAGAUGUUCCAGAGAUCAGGGAUGAAGAAGCAUACAGUCCUGAUAACAGCAGUACAAUAUCAGAAUGGAAGCCCUCACAACCAGCAAGUCGAAGCAGCUCAAUUGCUUCAACAAGGAAAUAUAUAUCUGCUCUCGCGCCUCAGUCAGAUUCAACCGAAUUUACUCCAAAAUACCCCAGUUCAGAGAAGGCUUACAAAAUCGUUCUUGCUGGAGAUGCAGCAGUGGGAAAAUCCAGUUUCCUUACCAGACUUUGCAAGAAUGAAUUUCGAGGCAAUACCAGUGCAACCCUGGGUGUGGAUUUUCAAAUGAAACGCCUGAUCGUUGAUGGAGAACCUACAGUACUACAACUGUGGGACACAGCUGGGCAGGAGAGAUUCCGCAGUAUUGCUAAAUCGUACUUCAGAAGAGCAGAUGGUGUCUUACUGCUGUAUGACGUAACUUGUGAAAAAAGCUUUCUUAAUGUGCGAGAAUGGGUGGAUAUGAUUGAGGAUGCAACUCAUGAGAAUAUUCCAAUUAUGAUGGUGGGAAACAAAGCAGAUCUUCGCCAAGCUGUUACAGAACAAGGACAAAAAUGUGUGUCUGUAAACUAUGGAGAAAAGCUGGCUAUGACUUAUAAUGCGCUAUUCUGUGAAACAAGUGCUAAAGAUGGAUCUAAUAUUGUAGAAGCAGUUCUUCAUCUUGCUCGUGAAGUGCGAAAACGAAGUGAUAAUCAAGAUGAUACAAGGUCAGUAGCCAGCUUGGCUGGGACACCUGUCAAAAAAUCAGCACUCAUGAAAAACUGUUGCAAUGUUUAAGUGACAGAUACUUUUCCUGACCUAAAUAACCUGUAUAUUUAAAGAAAAAAAUGAAGGAUUUCAAGAAUGUAUUCUUUAUACUAUGGAAUUAUACAUUUGUGUAUUUAGAAGUUGCAUAUCAUGUUAAAAAUCCAGACUCUGCUUUCUACUCAUUCAUAUUUAUGCGCUUGCUUUGCCCUAUAGGCUCUGUUUUCACUUUUCAUAAGUAAAAGAAGUCAAUGGAGUGAGCUCAGAAUCAAUGUUACUGUAGUCACUGCAUACGAUAUUGUAAUAUAUUUGAUUUACUUUACCUGCUUGAUUAUGAACUCAAUAUUUCUUGCAUACAGAACAUGAUACUAUCAUUAUCACUCAGAAGAAAAGACAAAAUUACAGCCUCAAUUUAUUUAAUCUCUUUUUGCUCAUGUCUACUUAUCUAGUUUUUUGUACGCCUUAAAUUAUAUGUUGAUGAAACAUUUAUCCAGAAACCCCCAAACCAUUAAAAGGUUGACUAGAUCCAGGUAAAUCCUAAGUUCAGGGCAUGAAGCAAAUGGUCUCUGUGGGAAGAAGCUAGUGGUAGGUGCAUGGGGUUCUGGUGUAGUUUUUCAGAAGUUUGUGAGUUAGAAUUUAUUUAAUUUUGGGGGUUGGGGUUCGAUUCAAAACUGACAAGUAGACUUCACAUCUGAUCCUACACAGCUCAGAAGUGAAAGGAACAUUUGUAUGGACCAUUUCCAUUCAAAAUUCCAGAGAGACUAUAAUACCUGUGAUAUGUAGAAUUACUGAGUUGAAUUAAUGAUACAAUACCUGCCUGUUCAGUUAUACUAGAGCAUUAUUAGUAUUACAGAGAGAUAUUGUUUGCAAUAUUUCCCUUGUUUUUUUUAAAUGUCUUCCAUUCAGAAACUAAUUGAGGGAUUGCAAUAGUACAGGGGAGUCCAGUUUCAUGGAAGUUCUUAAUGCAUUUUUUUAGUUUUAAACUUGCAGGUGUACCAAUUACUGCACAUGCACAAGCAUCUGUAUAAACUGUUUGUUAAAAGAAGUCCCUGAAAGGAACAGCAACCACUCACCUUAAUGAGGAUUCCUUUGCCUGAUUUUUUGAAAAUUCUGAGAAGCUCACCAAUGGGUGGUAGCUUUAGGUGUCAGCAUCUCUGAAAUCUGAGUAUUGCUUGUAAUCGUUCCCAACAGUCCUAUAGUGUAGUAAAAAUUGUAGGUAUUUCUACAGUUAACAAUCAUGAUCCAGUUCUUCUCAGCUUUCACUAAUUUGAUGGGAAUGGGAUAGGCCCUCUUCAGAGCCAGCAAACCCUUUCAGUCUUUUCUGUGUAUAUUAAUAAAAUAUCUCCAGGCUGAAACCUAGCUCAGUAAAUCAACCUUGGAUAAAGUUUUAUGGACGGAUUGGAAACCCAUGUGCCUAGCAGCUGUUACUGUAUUUUAUCAGCACUAUGUUUGAACACCGUGUAGCCUGUUCUGUGUUAUCAGUUUUAUAAAACACGGAGUUCUCAGAAACAGGAUGGUUCAUAAUUUAAAAAAAUACAGUUUUGAAGAGAGAAGAGCAGUGUUUUUAGGCAUCCUUUCAAAGCUGCCAAUCUUCAGGUAACCAUCUGAAAGCCUGUUCUUAACAAGACAGAGAAAUCUAAUGCCAGGAGGAAUAAGACAUUUUAUUUCACUCUACUGUACUUCAGCCCUAGAAGAGAAAACAUAUUUGGUGACCUUUUUGAAGUACUAAGUGUGUCUUCACACACUGUUCCACACAGGAGCUUCUGGAGUUGUAACAUCUUCCCAUCCAACAAAUUAAGAGGCCUCAUUGUGGUCCCAAGACUUAAGGAGAUGUAGGUGUACCAGGAAUAUGCCUGGUCACAUACCUAUUGUUUACUAUUAAUCCUCUAUUAUUUAAACAUGAAAAUUACAGCUGUAAUUAGCUUAUCUGAGGAGAAUAUCAUGCUUAACUAAGCAUAUUGAUUCUGUGUUCUCUGUGUGUAAAAGCUUCUCUCUCCCUAAAAGAGUGAAAUGGAAAUAGAAUUAAUGUGGGUUGCAGUUGCAGAUAGUUCUUCCUAAAACAGUAAGGAGAAGGAGAGAUGACCCAGCACUUCAUUUCUGAAGUGUAAGCUUACAACAUGCAGGCAUUUACAUUUGCUCAGGAUGAGAAGGUCAUGAUUAUCAGCUGUUACUUACAUUCCAAAAUAUUGCUCCUUUAGUGUUAUUAACUUCCAUUAACUUUUAGGGCUUAGACUGAGGCUCAGUGUUCUGUGUGUGUCUCCUGAACCAAAGUGUUUGACUGGCUCUGUGGUCUUGGCCUGAAGCAGAUAGGGUGAAAUAUAUUUGCCUAAAACUUGUUGACACAUUUGCAUGAGCAAAACAUUUUGGCUGGACACAGAUAAUUGCAUAAAGUUGUUUGCAAGAAGGAUUUCUGGAAUUGGUUUAGUCCAACCUCCCAAGCACCCAAGCAGAUGUGGACUGUUGCCAACCCUGGAUCAGGUUAGCUGUGGGUUUGGCUAUCCAAGCUGUAAAACCCCCUGAAGACAGAGUUACCACCACUAGUCUGGGCAACCCGUUCCUGUGCUUUCAUUCCCCUUCUGGAUAAAAAUUUCUCUCUGUGUCCAACCUCCUUUUCCCAAGUGGCUACACAUUUGUAGGCCUUUCCCAUUUUUAUAUCAUCUCCUGCUGCAAAGAAGAGUUUGGCUACGAUCUUGACAACAGUGUCUGUAGGCUGUUAGUUCCGCAUGGCCUUCUCCUCACCAGUGUAAUAACAUUGUGAGGUACCUCUUGCAAAUCCAGGUUCCAUAUCGGAGUUAGCAGAGUGCAUGCAUGUGCAGUAAUUGCUUUCAUAUGUAAAAUUCUUACCAUACGUAGAGUGUCAUGUGAAUGUCCAUGCCUGUAGAGAGCUUGGUUGAAGGAUGUGAGUCCAGGGACCUGCCUUCACACUUAUUUUUUUCUCUCUGCAGAAUUGGGCCAUUGAUAUUUUGGGUACUUUUUUUUUUUUUUUUUUUCCAUUUAUUUCAAUGACCAAGAUAUCUCUUGUGUUGUUUGUCCAAAAUAUACAGGGUGUUUCAAAAGGAUGGACCCAGUUUAAAAUCAAAGACUGAAUCCAACUGGGUCCAUCUUUUUGAAACAUCCUGUAUAAACUGAAUCACUUUUUUUUUAAGCUCUGUAAUUUUUAUCUGUCUUGUAAAGCAAUUUUAAUUUGAAACAGUGUUUUGUUUGUUUGUUUGUUUGUUUUUAAAUAAGAUUCAGGGUUGGAAACUGUUAACGAAGUUUUACCUUGAAGUAGUUUUAUGGUUAACGUAUAAAUUACUAAAAAAGCACUACCAAAUGGGGAUAUAGCUACAGCUCAGGUGCAACUAGUUUUAGGAGUCCUAUGAUGGUCAGCUCUGUCAAGUCUGAAUAUUCAUAUAAUACCAUGUAGAAUUCAUGUUAAACCAAAAGAACUUGGAAAAAAAAUAAAUUUAGAAAUUUAAGCAUGUAUUUAUACAUGGAAGUAAUGACAAUAUAAAGUUUCCUGUUGUUUUGGCAAACGAACAUGAGCUUUAUGCUCUGACAUGGUUGCACUACUGUACUUUGAAUGUUUUUAUGGUUUUGUUUAGUAUAUAAGAACUAUUCAUUUAAUCGCACAGAGUUAUUUUUUUAGUUAGUGGAUGUUUUCCCUUAAUAUACGUAUUUAUUUGAAAAGGAAAGGCCCUUCAUGUUUUUCCUCAUCAUCUGUAAAUAAAUUAUUUUUAUUCAGUUGACAGAGAAGUAUUAUUGUAUCUUGUAUUAGUUUUGACCCAUUUUAAUUGUGGUGUAAUACAUGUUUCUGAGGCAAUAAUUUCUGUGGACACUCUGGAAAAGUUUUGAUCACAUAUAUUCUUGUAACCACUUUGUGUUGCCUUGGCAUACAUUUGUAGCUUGAUAAGACAAGCUGCAGCUACUUUUAAUUGUUCUUAGAAGUACAGUUAUGGCCCUACAUUGUCUAAGUAUUUUUCUUUGUAACUAUUUUUUUAUUGACUACAAAAUCCUCCGUUCUUUUUGGAAAAACAAAUUGCAGUUUUACAGUUGUAUAGCCUGUUAAAUUUUGUUCCAAGGAAAAUACCUGAAGGCCACUCCUGCAAGGAGCAUUAUGUAGAUGUGCACCCAUGAAGAUCCUCAAUUAAGUUAAUAGGUUUUGUGCUAGUGCAGGCAAUCUGUUCAUACAGAGAUCCUUUAUUCUCCAAUCCGCUGCUGCACAACAAUGCUACGUAACUUUUUAGGGGAAGAUUUCAGUGGAAGAUCCCUAAUUCAUAAAGCAAAGGGACAUAUUUAUUCAUGUAGUCAAGGCAUUUUACUAUAUAAUGAAGAAACCUAGAUGUUUCUGACUGUAUUAGGUAAUCUAAAAAACAGUCUAAUAUCUCAUGUGCAGUUCAAAUACUCUUUACCGCUACCCCUGUCAGAUUUGAUACAGCACAUAAUGUUAUGCCUCUGACCCUGUUCAGACUACUUAUGGAUUGUAGAAGCUUUUUACAGUUAUUUUAAUACCGUAUUACUAUCCAGCCUAAUCCUUUCUUAUUGGUAUCCUUAGGACCUGUUCAUAUCAAUAUUACUUUUUUUUUCCACAUAUCUUGUUUUGUGACAAAACACUUAUGGUAAAAGAAAAUUUGACUCAGCUAUGUGGAAUGUAGGUUCAAAUGUGUUACUUAGUUUGUAAAAAGAAGUAAUUUUUCCACAAUUUCUGCUCUUCAAGUUAUGGCUAUACAUAGCUAGGUUUGUAGGAAAUUAGUCAUUAGGUGGAUGAGUAACAAAUAAACCCAAACUGUGAAGGUUUUCCACUAGAUAGAAAGUGAAGUAUGUUAAAUAGAGGUGUAUUUUUAUCUAGUAGGAGGAAGAAAUUCAGUGCCAAUUGCAUGUACCAACUUGCAAUAAAAGUCUGUGUAUUAUACAAAUAAGGCUCUAAAUUGUGAAAACUUUUGAAACUUUAAUUUAUACUGUUUACAAGUAAAACUGUGGUGUUCAUGCGGUUUGUUCCUCCUCAAAACUACAGAUCACUGCAUUCACUGUGAUUUUGUACAUAUAUAUGUUUAAAAAGAACUACACAUUCUCUGUAUUACAAAUUGUUGUAUAAUAAAAUAUGUUUCAAUAGCUA